AAAUUAUACUUUAAGAGCUAAGAAACAAGAAGACAACUAUGAAAGUGACGAUGAAUUCAAAAUAUUUGUCGGUAACCAAAAUUAUGACGCAUACAAAAAAGAAAAAAAUAAACUUAAAUCGCAACUCACUACCGUCAAAGUCUCUACAAUUCCACGCCGUUUAUCGUACAAAAUAGAUCCUAAAGAUAAGACUCCGUCAGAACUUCAUUUCUUAAGCGAUUAUGAGUAUGUUUAUGAGGAUGAUAAUGAACACCAAUCGCUAAAAGAUACCCAAAAGCCGUCAACCACCACAGAGACCAUAAAUAAUACUGAAGAAAACAAGACCAAAGUGUUUCUCACAGAUUUCUACAAUUUAGAACCAGCUGCUGUUAUCCCGGAAUUAAAUCAAACUUUUUUACCAAACAAGAAUAUGUGGUAUGUACCUGAAAAAUACCCUUGUUGGCAAUUACCUAUUCUAUACGGAGAAUUAGGCAGGAGAAAGAAAACUUCAAAUAUAUUUCUAGUCAAAGGUGGAGACUUAAAAAAUGUUAACAUACCGGAUAAAGACAAGCUGCGUAAAUAUAUGCUUAAACCCGAUGUGCCUACUGUAUCGUCUCUCAAUAAAUGGUGCAGCGUAGAACCAUGCUAUGGUGAUCAUACACUUUGCCUUUUCACUGAAAAUCAUGUUUCAAAAGUAUGUGACGAAAAUUAUCGUGUACAUAAACCUACCAUACUAGAGCAUAUCGCUAUAGUCAAUACAGUCAACGCUAUGAGAAAUCGUAUAGCUAAUGGAGCUGCAGAUGAAUAUCCACAAUUGCCGGCCGCAAAGAAUAUGAAACAAAUAAUAUAUGACUAUGACCUAGAGAAGAUGGCUGCAGCCUGGCUUCGCCAGUGCCUGCCCGGUCCGCCUCCAUGUUCUGCUUUGGACGAGCGCUACGUAUCGCAACUCGAAUGUACGAAAUACGCAGACGAAUGCUGCGUUAACUCAUAUAAAAUCGACCCAACAUCUAAAUGCAUACCUAAAGAUGAGUGCUUCGUUUCGGCUGUAACUGGGUGUAUUUAUGCUUGGUUUCUGAGCGCUGGAAAUAAAUUAAGUGAAAAAGACAUAGAAUGUGGACAUAUAGAACCCUCGACAUAUAACACAGUUCAAUUAAUCUGGGCCGAUAGCAAUAAAAUUGGUUGCGCGUAUGGGGAAAGACCUAAUGGUGAUAUCAGAGUAGUGUGUGACUUCGCACCGGGUGCUCCAUAUUUCUUGACUACAAAAUAUUAUUGUGGAUUUAUCUUGCACCGUGAUAUAACAGAUAUUGUGGGUGCUGAUGACGACUCCGAUCUUACAGAUUUGACAUUUUUAUCUUCUUUGGGACUUGAUAUACAUAGCGUAACUCAUGAACACCCAAAACAAAAUUCACGCGUAUUCGACGUUGCACCUAAACACCCAAGAAAAUCCUGGAGCUUGGAUAGUUUACAGAAUCUAUACUCAGAUUUGAAUUUGAGAGAAGUUUUGAAUGAUUAUUCUAGUGGCACAAGAGGAUCGAUAGCAAAACUUGUGACAAGGUACAGAUUUUUUGAAGAAAGCCAAUCAAGGUGUGACACUGAUGAGCCCGUGUACGUCGCGGGGAAUCCAGGGUCGUUGUGUAUUGAAAAAGGCAGAAGAUUUCGCGCUCUAUGCUAUGACUUCCGAGAUCCCACGCCUGGGUAUAGACUAGUCGCUGUCGUUGCACCAGCCGCAUUGUUUUCUUUAAUUCUGUACGACCUGUUUAGCGGUGUGGUAAGACAGACCAACUACUGACCGUGAAAAUGUAAUUAAGGUCAUGCACGAGUUUAUUAUUCUUUUGCCCAGUAAUAAAUGUCAAGAUCUUGAGUUGUAGAGUUUAUUUACGCUAAUAUAAUUUUAUUGUUCUUCUUGUCAAUAUUACGAGUAUUAUUAGGUUCUUUGAAUCCUCACAUUUUCUCUAAUUUGUUGCUUCAUAAAUUGUUGUGCAGCCGCGCCUAUUUCCAAGGUGAAGUGACGCCCUUGAUAGUUUUUGAAAGCCUAAAUUGUAUCGGCCGUAUUUUUGCGUAAGUGAAACUAAUAAUUUGUCAUAGCUCGUCUAUCUACAAAUAAUAAGGAAAAUGUUUGUUUUUAGAAAAAUUACGGAAGUGUAGUUCGGUACAAUGUAGACUCAGAAAACCGCCUAACCUGGUGCAUACAUAGUUGUGGGAUAAAGUCACGAUGGGGACAAUGUUUUAUGUACACGCGCAUUUAUAUCGGAGUCAUGGACGUUUAGAUGUGUAUUCAGUAUUAAAACGCUUUUAUGUUUUUAACUAUUUCAUUUUUGCCUAUUUCAGACGUUUAUUCGUCACUUAAUCGCCAUUGCAAGGCAAGCUUCGCUUAGUUUGGAGCUAGACAAUUAUUUAAUUGAUAGAUCAUCAAAAUAAUAUACCUACCUAAGUUU